ACAGUAUAUCAUAAGUGACAGUGUUAACCACAUAUCAAACAGGUGUAAUCAGGUCAGAAGGAAGUUUUCAUUAAUAUUCCGAGGUUAGAGAAAGGAUUGAAGUAAUCGAAUCCAGAAGCUGUUGCCAAUUAUUAUAGAUCAUCAGUUAUAUUUAUCAACCAAUCAUCCAACCAAUCAAUCAAUCAACCAUUCAUUCAUCAAUCAUAUAUCAUGUCCAAGAGUGUGUUCAUACAGACAGACAAGAAGAAGCGACUUUCGCUAGAUGUGAUUGGUCAACUUGAAGAAGAUUUGGAACAAAAUCCUUUGGAUUAUGGCAAAUGGAAUAGACUCAUCAAACAAGUUUUAAUUAAAGAUAAAGAAGAACAAGUUAGAUCUGUUUACGAUAAAUAUUUAAAUAUUUUCAAGUUUGAUGGAAAUCAAUGGUGCAAUUAUAUAAAUUACGAAUUAAGUAGAGAUGAAUUAGAUCGCGUGGAGAAUUUAUUUCAAAAAUGCUUUUCAAUUACUGAUAGUGUUGAAUUAUGUCGAUUAUAUGUGGCAUAUGUUCGUAGAGUUAAAGAUGUUAGAAUAGGAGGUGAAAAGGCAAGAGGUACCAUUAUCCAAGCAUUUGAAUUUGCCAUUGAUAAAGUGGGUUUAGAUUUAUUAAGUGGUCAAUUAUGGAAUGAUUAUAUUGAAUUCUUAAAAGAUUGGACUCCAACUGCAACUUGGGAACAACAACAAAAAGUGGAUUUAAUUAGAAAAGUUUAUAAAAAAUAUCUUGUGAUACCUUCUGAAACUCUUGAAACUGCUUGGACUCAAUAUACAAAAUGGGAAAAUGAAGUUAAUCCUGCUACUGCUACUAAAUUCAUUUCUGAAAAAUCAGCCGAAUUCAUGCUUGCAAGAUCAUGGAAUACAGAAUGGAAUAAUGUAACAGAAAGACUGUUGGAAAGAAGUAUUCAUGAAGGUGGUAUAAUUGGUUUAAAUGCUAAACAAAAUGAAAAACAAUUAACUUAUUGGUUAAAUUGGGUUGAAUUAGAAAAGAAAAAUAUUUUGGAAUUAAAAGAUUCAAAUCAAGUUGAAAAAAGAAUUACUUAUGUUUAUAAACAAUCAACAUUUGCAUUACCUUUCAUAUCGGAAUUAUGGUUUAAAUUUAGUAAAUAUUUACUUUUUAGUAAUGAAGAAGCUAAUCUUUCUAAAUGUAUUGAAUUAUUACUGGAAGGUUUAAAAUUAAAUCCUAGAAGUUUAAUUAUUUCUUUUCAAUUAAGUGAAUUGUUUGAAAAGGAAAAUUCCUUUGAUAGAGCUAAAGAAAUAUAUACUAAACUUGUUGAUGUUUUAAUCAACGAUCAUAAGUUGGUAUCAGGUGAGAUAGAGUUAAUAAAUGGUUCUACUACGGCAUCAACUAAUGGAAAUAAUGAUGUUAAUAUGGAAGACAGUUCAGUCACACCUGAACCAACUAUAACUUUAAAUAUAAAUAAUAAUAAAAAUAAUAAUGACGACGAUGAUGAUGAUGAUGAUGAGAUUUCUAAUUCUGCCAGUGCUAAUAUAGUACAAUUAAGUGAAGGGGAUAAAGUUAAAUUAAAAGAUUUAAAUAAAACUCGUGAAGAAUUAGAAUCAUCUAUAACACUUGCUUAUGUGAAGUAUAUGACAGCUAGUAAACGAGCAAGUGGGAUUGAAGGAGCUAGAAAAGUAUUCAAACAAGCCAAGAAAUUUAAAAAUAUCGGGUAUCAAUUAUUUGUGGAAAAUGCUUUAUUGGAACAUUAUACAGAUCAUAAGAAAAUUGCUGUUAGAAUUCUUGAAUUGGCUAUGAAGACUUAUGGAACUCAUGGACCUUUCUUGACAGCAUAUUUGAAUUAUUUAAUAAAUUUAAAUGAUGUGGAUAAUAUUAGAAUUUUAAUUCAAACUGCUGAUACGAAUUUAUCUAAAGAAUUAUCUUCAUUAAAUGAUGAAUUACAAAAUCCUGAUUUAAUUCAAUAUAAGAAAGAUUUGAUUGUGAUUGAAAUAGAAAAGAAAAAGAGAUACCUUCGUACCUUAUUGAAAUCAUAUAUAUCGUAUGCAUCGACGUAUUUAUCAUUAGAUGUAGCUCAAAGUUUUGCUAAGAAGUAUGAACAAAAUUUCCCUGAUGAUGAUCCAAUUGAUUUAUUCACUGAUAGAUAUAAAUUGAAUAAUGAUAAUUUAAUCAAGCAAUUUGAAUUGAAUACUGAAACUGAAGAAAGUCAAGAUCAUGAACCUAGUAGAAAGAAGAGAAGAUUAUCCAGAUCAACCAAUGAGUCAGCAGAUGUCAAUGAUAAUAAUAAAACUGAUGAUUCAAAUGCACAUAGAAAUAGUAUAUUCAAUAAUGGUGGUGAAGCGGCUGAAGAGAAAUCAUUCGUUGGUCCUACCAUAAGAUCUCUCUUACAAGUGCUACCUAAUUCAUCGUAUUUCGUACCUGAAAGGGUAUUCAAAAGUGAUAAAUUAGUGAAAUUAUUUGCUAAUCUCCCUAAUAUUGAUUAAAUAGCAUAUACAUCCAUGUAUAAAGAGUUUAGUAUCUAAUAAUUAAUAUAUUUCCAACUCAUUAACAAAAAUCUCGUAGAUUCCUAUUUUGGCUGCAAACAGGAUUUUUUUUCUCUCUCUCAC